AUGCAAUCAUAUCUUCAGUACCGCAGGUUUCGCCGGACGUUGGAAGCGCAAAUCGAGACAGAUCGCAGCCGCACACGAGCAGUCGACCGCGCGAAUCAAGAUCUGCCUCCCAUUGACACGUCAAGAGCCUCAGAUGCAGAGAAAGACAUCGAGCGAGGCGAAUCAACCGCCUCGAGCGGUGAACACACAGCAGUCGAGGAAGCCACUCUUGGAGCUACAGCAGAAGACUCAAGCCGACGACGCGGUCCAGAAGAAGAGGAGGAGAAAUAUGAUGUAGGCGCUGAACACGACCCCAGCGACCCUGGCGAAAGAAGGGAUCAACUUCCGCCGAACAGUCAUGAUAUGGAGGCGCGUCGGAAAGAGGAGGAUGCAGACCUUGCGCGUAUAUCUACGACAAAGAGCGGACGCUCGGGGCUCAGCAGAUCUGGUACCGCGCUUGGUCGCAUCCUCACAGGUGUCAAAGUGCGAAAGAGAGAAGAGCAUGAAGGCGGUGAGGGUAAUGUCUUCAUCGUCGACUUCCAGGGAGACCAAGACGCCUUGAACCCACACAACUGGGGUUGGGGCAUCAGACUCUGGAUUACUUUCAUGGUUGCGAGUAUAGGUUUCGUCGUGGGCGUGGCUUCUUCCAUCGACUCUGUUGCUAUCCAACCUGCAAGUCAGGAGUUUGGCAUUUCGGAAGUUGCUGAGAGUCUGGCUACUGGUCUGUACCUCAUAGGCUUCGGAGCAGGUGCGCUCUUCGCUGGUCCUUUCUCAGAGACACUGGGUAGGAAUCCCAUCUACAUUGUCACCUUGGCCGUCUAUAUGGCUUUCCUCGCCGGAGCCGGAGCCUCGCAAACAUAUCAGCAGCAAUUCGCGACUCGCUUCUUCGCUGGCUUCUUCGGAAGUACACCGCUUACUUGUGCAGGUGGCUCGCUGUCUGAUAUCUGGAAUGCAAGCGAGAGGACAUUGAUGUUUCCCAUAUUUGCCAAUGCAGCUUUCCUAGGCCCGAUUCUCGGACCUGUGAUGGGCGGCUAUAUCGUGCAGAGCUCUUUGAUCUCUUGGAGANUGUCAGUCCCAUAUCAUGAUUUCCUAACACUAGCGAAGACUAACGAGAUAGGGACCGAGUGGAUCACCAUCAUUAUGUCUGGUCUUGUGUUGAUUCUGGUUUUCUUCACGCUCCCCGAGACAUUCCCUCCUAUUCUUCUCAAGUGGAAGGCCGCACAUUUACGCUCUAUCACCAAUGAUGAACGCUACAGAGCAGAAGUCGAAGUCCGUAUGGAUCCUUUCCUCACCCGCCUCGGACGUGCUUGUUACCGUCCCUUUCUCCUUACCGCCACGGAACCUAUCAUUAUAUUGAUCGCCUUGUACCUCACCAUCGUCUACGUCAUCCUGUUCACCUUCCUCGAUGGCUACGACUUCAUCUUUGGUGAAAUCCACGGUGUAAGCAUCGGUGUCCAAGGUCUCUGUUUUCUGGGAAUCGCACUCGGACUCUUCCUCGCCUCACCUCUCGUCUUCCUCAUCCGCCACCUCGCCGCAAAAGGCAUGAAAAAAGCAAAAGCCAACGGCAAAGACAAACUCCCACCAGAAUUCCGCCUGUGGUACGCCAUGAUUGGUGCCCCCACCAUCCCCAUCGCGAUGUUCUGGAUGGGCUGGACAUCCUCUCCAGACAUCAGCAUCUGGUCACCCCUAGGCGCCUCUGUGCUAUUUGGCUUCGGCAUCCUCUGCAUCUUCAUCAGUAGUUAUCAGUACAUCAUUGACGCGUACGAGAUUUAUGCUGCUUCGGCUUUGGCAUCGAUUACGCUGAUUAGAUAUGUGGCUGCUGGUGGCAUGACGGUUGUGGGUGUGCCGUUUUAUCAGAAUCUGGGUGUGCAUUAUACGUGUACGAUUUUGGCGUGUAUCAGUGCUGCCAUGGUGCCUAUUCCAUACCUGUUUUACUUCUAUGGGCAUAAAAUUCGCGCAAGGAGUAAGUAUGCUCCUGCUGAUUGA